AUGACUAUCCUUGACAAACGCCAGAUACAACGGUUCGCCUCCGACACUGACAUAGAAACAUUGUCGAAAGCCAUCGACGACGAUGGCGUUGCUAUAGUCAGAAGCGUUGUGUCUCGUGAUGUGAUCCAACGCCUGCAAAAAGAAGUCGAAAGCUCCGACCAGCCUGUCUGGCUCGAGGAUAACCCAUCCUUGAAGGAUAGCAAAUUUCCCAGUCAAGCCCGCCACGCAAAUAACCUCGUGCCUGCCAGCAAGACCUACCGGGACGAUAUCCUGAACAACUCGGCAGUGCAUACAACAUGCAAGGCCGUCUUUCGCGACGUGGGAGACUACUGGCUGACCACGGGAAUCUUACGAACCACGAAACCGGGAAGCCCAGCGCAAGGCUUCCACCGGGACGCGCUGCUCUAUCCAGUCCUUCAGUACCAACCUCCCACAUCACCGCCCUUGACCGUGGCGCUCCUUGUAUCCAUGACUGACGCCACGGUGGCCAACGGUGCAACGCGGGUCAUUCUCGGCAGCCAUAAAUGGGAGACUGUGGGCACGCCAUCGGAGGACCAGGCUGUGCGCGCAGAGCUAGACGCUGGGGACAUGCUGGUAAUCCACCAGAGGCUGGUGCACGCCGGUGGGGAGCACACGCACCAGGCACCGGAUACGCGACGAAUGCUACUGAUGUUCUUGACGAGCUGUCAGCUAGUUGCUCUUGAGAGCCCGCUCGCUCUGUCUCGGGAGCUCGUAGAAACCAUGACCCCGCUUGCGCAGAAGAUGGUUGGCUGGCGGACUGUUAGACCGGUAGAGCCCAAUACGGUUGGGCUGAAUACGCACCGGUCGGGCUGCUUGGAGGAUGGAUUGAAGUUGAGGGCAGCAAAGCCGCUAGAAGGGCAGGACGGCCAUUGA